AGCUCCCAAGAUGCAAGCUGUACAAUCUCCCUGCCCUAGAUAGUCUCACAAACACUCACGGAAUCUCAUGGAGGAUCAUGCCGAGAUUCGCCAUCACCUGGAGGUAGUGUUCGAGUCUGACAGCGGUCAUCGCCGCAAAUCCUCGUUUGUCUCUCCCGAUACCCCGCGCCUUGCCCGUCGACACGAAACGCAGACAUCAGACCAGGCAGCUUGCUUUGUGCAUUCCCUGCUAGGUCAGCCUCGGGCUGUCCAGCUCGACCAAAUCGAUGAACAUGGCAAGGCUGUGACGCGGUCGGUUGGGCCCCAGUUCGAAGAUGGUGGCGACAAUACCUCUGGGUCCUCCCGGCUCCUGACGAAGAGAGAGCUCUCGGAUAUGGCGUGGAACGUGCGGGCAUUGUCAAAAAAGCUCGGCAGCCUGAAGCUGAAGCUCAAUGUCCACAGCAUAUUCAUCUUGACGAAACCUCAAGACCAGAGUCUGGCUCGAUUGACCAAAGAGGUCACAAGCUGGCUCCUUGGGCCGGAGCAGAGAGUUCCUUACACAGUUUACGUAGAGAAGAGGCUGGAAAACGAUACCCAAUUCGAUGCACAGAGCAUAUGCAAAAAGGAGCCCACCGCGAAGCAGAGGCUAAAGUAUUGGGACAACUGUCUCAUUGAAGAUCACCAUCACCUAGUCGAUUUUGUUAUUACCCUCGGCGGCGAUGGGACGGUGCUAUACGCGAGCUGGCUCUUCCAGCGUGUGGUGCCCCCAGUUUUAUCAUUUUCCCUUGGGUCACUGGGAUUCUUAACGAAAUUUGAUUUCGAUGAUUACAAGGAAACACUAAAGCGGGCCUUUACUGAAGGGGUUACUGUCAGCUUACGGCUGCGGUUCGAAUGCACUGUAAUGCGGAGCCGGCAGAGGUCCUCUGGUCAACCUCAAAUAGAAAGAGACCUGGCUGAAGAACUGAUUGGUGAGGAGUCAGAAGACAACGUUACUCAUUCCCCAGACAAAAUGUUUCAAAUCCUAAACGAGAUAGUGGUUGACCGUGGGCCAAAUCCAACGAUGUCGUCUCUCGAGAUAUUUGGUGACGACGAACAUUUUACGUCCGUUCAGGCUGAUGGCGUCUGCGUUGCUACCCCCACAGGCUCUACAGCAUAUAACCUUGCCGCUGGCGGCUCCUUAUCACACCCUGAAAACCCUGUCAUCCUUCUUACAGCAAUUUGUGCUCAUACGCUCAAUUUCCGGCCCAUAAUACUCCCGGAUACCAUAGUAUUGCGUAUAGGAGUUCCGUAUGAUGCCCGGACCAGCUCUUGGGCGAGUUUUGAUGGCCGCGAGAGAAUUGAACUACAUCCCGGAGAUUACGUUACAAUUUCUGCGUCUAGGUUCCCAUUUGCCAAUGUGAUACCUUCCGGUCACCGCAGCUAUGAAUGGAUUCAAAAUAUUUCCCGCACGUUGAACUGGAAUAGCAGGCAUAGACAGCAAAAGCCAUAUGACAGCAAGUACUUGGAGCAACCUAAUACCUCUUAG